UCAAAAGAGUUAAUUCGCCCGAACAUACAAGCUACAGUUGCAUUUCGUCACAGUGUAUACAGAGAGCCAUCUAUUCAUUGCUUAAUCAUGACUUACGAACAUGUCUCCACAACUUUAGAUUGGUUGAAGCUAGUCACGUGGUUAUCUUUGACUAUGUGCACAGUGUCCGUACACGCGGAGAAACCAAGUCAAUAUUUGAACCAGUUCCCUCUGACAAGUACCGAAAACGUUCACAGUCUUGCAGACGAUCAAAGCCCGCCAAGGCUACAACAUCUCAAAACCUCCAUGCUAGACCUUUUCUCCCCGAGCCCAGAUCUGGAAAGCAACAGAGCCCUAGACAGCGCCCCAACCACAGACGGUGGGUUUGAAAAACAAAAAAGAGUCUUCUGCAACAGUUUCACUGGAUGCGGAGGCAAGUUCAGGGGGCGUCGGCGAAGACUGAAAAAAACCUUCGGCAAGCGAUUUCUAAGCGAGCAAUUAUCCAAGAGGCCGUUCUGCAACAUGCAUGGUUGUUCCAACAGCGGGAAGAGGUCUGGGGAAGUCUCGUAUGGGGACGACGCCCUGAUCGGGCAGCUGAAAUUUUCAGACGACGAGCUUUCGAGUCUGAAGCUGAAUAGACAGUUAUGUAAUAGCCUGGGCGGCUGUCAAAACGUUGCACCUAGAGUGGGCCUCUUGGAGAGACUAAAACAGUUGGACAGUGACCAGACGGACUCACUCGGCAAACGUUUCUAUUCGGGAGGAUUCGAUGAAGAUGCAGAUGCUUUGGCAGAAAAUAUGGGCAGGUGAGCGGCCCUCGUCCAACGGCUAGAGAGUUUGGGAGUUAUGUAUGACCGGAACAGCCAUUAGAGCAGACAGACUUCAAACAGAUUUUUUUUUACAAAGUUGACAAAAUCAAAUCCUAAAUACAAACUUUGGCCAUUUAUUCUUUCUUUUUUUUUUAUUAACUGCCCCCUCCCAACAGCUUCUGUAGUAUAUAUUGAAUUAUUAACAUUAAACCAAUGUUAAAUAAACAUUUUAAUCUUUA